AUGUCCGCGAUUAAGGUGUUGAUCGAUACCACUCUAACCAUUUUCGUUGCCUACGCAGCAACACCAAGCUACGAAGAAGAGGAGUUGGAAGCGUACUAUAUGGAUCUGGAGAGGCUCCACAGAGAAGACCAUACCUUCUUCAAAGUCAUCGUCGGUGAUUUCAACGCCAAGAUUGCCCCAGAAGAACGGCUGAAGAGCUCCUCAUCGCGACUCAGAGAAUGA